AGGGAAUCAGCCCGGGCGUGAUUGAAAGCUUGUGCAUAGCUUGCCUUAGAGUCCGGUGGCACGCUCGAAAAGUCACAGAUGAUACCGGCAUCGGGAAUUAUCAUUUCUCCCGCAACCACACGCAUCGGCUGGGUUGGGGUUGGUAUUAUGGGCUGUUCCAUGGUGACCCAUCUCCUCAAUGCGGGGUACCAGUGCACAGUCUAUAACCGGACGCCGAGUAAGUGCCUUCCCGUUCAAGCCAAGGGUGCGGUAGUGGCAAGCUCCCCCCACGCAGUCGCUGCUGCCUCUGACGUUGUCUUCGUCAUCGUUGGGUUCCCUUCAGACGUUCGAAACGUCGUUUUGGGCACGGAGGGCAUUUUGAAAGGGUUGAAAGCUGGCGGUGUCCUGGUCGAUUGCACGACAAGCACACCCAGCCUGGCCCAAGAGAUAUACACCACAGGGCAGGCGCAAGGAGUGUCCACCGUGGACGCACCCGUCUCCGGGGGUGACGUAGGCGCCCGCAAUGCCGCCUUGUCAUUUAUGGUGGGGGGGGACAAACAGGUCGUCGACGGCCUGCACCCGUUGUGGACAUUAAUGGGCAAAAACAUGCGGUACAUGGGCGGGCCGGGAAAAGGACAGCACACCAAGAUGGUGAACCAGAUAUUGAUCGCCAAUACCAUGAUGGGUGUCUGCGAAGGGCUCAUGUACGCCGAGAAGGCGGGUCUGGACCUGACUGAGACGAUCAACGCCGUGGGUGCCGGCGCGGCGGGGAGCUUUAGCAUCAACAAUUUGGGGCCGCGUAUGGAGCCGCCUUGA